CGGGCGUCGCCGGCGCCGUGUGACUUCAGGCUGUGGGCGCGCUCGCGGCCAUGGUUUUCUCAAACAAUGAUGACGGCCUUAUCAACAAGAAGUUACCCAAGGAGCUCCUCCUAAGUUCUGCAGUUGUCAAAUUGUUGUUCGUUGUGGAGGCUGACACAUCUUAAUUCUUUACAUGAGUACACAUGAUGAUCUUCGAGUGGCAUUUUCCAAACUGUCACCAGUGUCCCUCAGAACAAGAACAGGUUCUGAUCCAAGGAUAGAUGUCUCUUUGGUGCAUGGCCCAAGAAUAUUCUCCUUCUUGGAUAUCGUAACUCUAUGUCGAUGUGCACAGAUUUCCAAGGCCUGGAACAUCUUAGCCCUGGAUGGUAGCAACUGGCAGCGAGUGGAUCUUUUUAACUUUCAAACAGAUGUAGAGGGCCGAGUGGUGGAAAACAUCUCCAAGAGGUGCGGGGGUUUCCUUAGAAAGCUCAGCUUGCGUGGCUGCAUCGGCGUCGGGGACUCCUCCUUGAAGACCUUUGCACAGAACUGCCGGAACAUUGAACACUUAAACCUCAAUGGCUGCACAAAAAUCACUGACAGCACGUGUUACAGCCUUAGCCGAUUCUGUUCCAAGCUGAAACAUCUGGAUCUCACGUCCUGCGUGUCUGUCACCAACAGCUCCUUAAAGGGCAUCAGCGAGGGCUGCCGGAACCUGGAGUAUCUGAACCUCUCCUGGUGUGACCAGAUCACAAAGGAAGGCAUUGAGGCGCUGGUGCGGGGGUGCCGGGGUCUGAAAGCCCUGCUCCUGAGGGGUUGUACACAGUUAGAGGACGAAGCCCUGAAACACAUUCAGAACCACUGCCAUGAGCUCGUGAGCCUCAACCUGCAGUCUUGCUCACGCAUCACUGAUGACGGCGUGGUGCAGAUCUGUAGGGGCUGCCACCGGCUACAGGCGCUGUGUCUCUCGGGUUGUAGCAACCUUACGGAUGCAUCUCUCACGGCCUUGGGCCUGAACUGCCCCAGACUACAAGUUUUGGAGGCUGCCCGAUGCUCCCAUCUGACCGAUGCAGGCUUCACACUGCUGGCUCGGAAUUGUCAUGACCUGGAGAAGAUGGACCUUGAAGAAUGUGUCCUGAUCACUGACAGCACUCUGAUCCAGCUCUCCAUCCACUGCCCCAAGCUGCAAGCCCUGUAAAGGAGAAUGGACCACUAGGAGUCUUUCCUCUUUGCCCAGGAGUGUCGAUCUGCAGUAUCGCCUGAGACCACACAAGGAGCCUAGACCUAGAGCCUCACCAGACCCGAAUCUGAACACCUAUCUACCUCUGUCUCACAGUGACAAGACACCUGCCCCAUAGACAUCAGACCACUCAGUAUGGAGACUUGCCCACUGUAUGUACAGGGCCUUACCCCACAGCAACAGAAUAUUACAGGCCUGGGGCAAGGAGAUGUAAUGAAGCAGUCAGAACCUUCUGGAUAAACAGAACAGUCUGGACUCAAGAAAGGACAUGUUUGGUGGCAACAUUGCAGAUGACAAGUCCAGAUUAACAUGACAUUUUAAAGGAGACUUCAGAAAAAUGUUCCUGGUACAAAUUAUGAAGAUACCAUAAAACCAACAGAAAAUCAAUGCCCACAAAUACAGUAUAUAGAACUGCUCAGAAAAUUAAAACCAAAAAUCAGCGAACAGCCUUAAAGCAGAGUGGAGGACCCAACAACAGAGUGGCCUACUCUUGCCAAGUGAGCACAGCCUUUAGAAAACAAAGGGUUGGAAUGGUUGCACAGUAUUGGAGAAUCAGUGCCUCAACUGAGGCUUCCAACUUUGUGGCUGAUCUGAGUGGUGUGGGACUUGGUGCAGCGCCAUUGGUGUCCAAGAGGAAGCAGCCUGUCAACUUGGGUCUCCUGGAGAGGAAGACAACUUCAAGGACUUUCCCAUGGAAGGGCCAUCUUGGAAGAGGAAACUUCAACUGAGAAAAUGUCCCUACCACUUUGCCCUGUAUGCAAGCCUCUGAACCAUUCCCUUGAUUAAUGAUUGAUGUGGGAGGGCCCAGCCCACUGUGGGUGGUGCCUCCCCUAUGCCCUUUGUUGAUGAUUUUGUUGAAGAGGCCAGUUAGAGAAGUCUCACCUUCUCUUUUGUCAUACAUUCAGAAGUAGAUUUGCCCAGAGGUCUGUAGAGGUAACGAGUAUCUAUCACUGCCUUCCUCACGAAGCACCUGCAUUGUUCUAACUCAGUGGUCACACUGUUGUGUACCUGGCUUACUUGACAGUGUCUAUGCCUCACCAAUGUUCCCUUUUUAAUGAGUAAGCAGUCUGUCCUGUUUGGUAUCCACCCAUUUUUCAUUCCAUAAUUUUAAUAGUGAUUAGUGAUCUUUUACUAAGUUGCAAUGAAGUUUUGCAAAAUGAUCAUUUCUAAUUCUGUCAUUUUUUAUACCUACAAAGAUGUAACUGAAAAGAAUAUCACCUAUUUUUCUGUCUAGUGUUUGUUGUAAAUGGAUAUGGGUUUAUUGUUGUUGUUUUUCCUAAUUCAGUGUUAUUCAUUUCAGGAAGAUUCUGAGUUUUUUUUUUUUUUUUUUUUUUUUCCGGAGCUGGGGACCGAACCCAGGGCCUUGCGCUUGCUAGGCAAGCGCUCAACCGCUGAGCUAAAUCCCCAACCCCAGAUUCUGAGUUUUGCCAUGCUUUCUGGCAUUAAAAAUAAAUCUAACUUGCCUGGUGGUUUGCAUGUCACAGAUUUGAUAUCAACCAUCUCUUCAAGAAGCUGUGACAGCUUGUAUAAUGGCGGAUAAAUGCAUAGUGUUUGAAUUAAGAAACAGAAGUCAAGCAGUGAGUUCAAAAGCCAGAACAACGAUAAGAACAUGAAGUGCCUGAUCAUUUACAAAACUGCAAGCAGACACAGAAGACCGCUUUGUGCCUCAAGGAUUAGGAGGAUUGUCUGUAUCCAUUCCAAGGGCAUCUGGGUUCUUCCCAGCUUCUGGCUAUUAUAAGGCUGCCAUGAACAUAGUGGAGCAUGUGUCCUUAUUCUAGGUUGGAACAUCUUUUGGGUAUAUGCCCAGGAGUGCUAUAGCUGGGUCCUCAGGUCCUAUGUCCAAUUUUCCGAGGAACCGCCAGACUGAAUUCCAGAGUGGUUGUACCAGCUUGCAGUAAUGGAGUACUACUCAGCGAUUAAAAACAAUGACUACAUGAAAUUUUUAGGCAAAUGGAUGGAACUAGAAAAUAUCCUGAGGGAGGUAACCCAGUUACAAAAGAACACACAUGGUAUGCACUCACUUAUAAGUGGAUAUUAGCCCAAAAGCUCGGAAUACCCAAGAAACAAUUCACAGACCAUAUGAAGCUCAAGAAGAAGGAAGACCAAAAUACUCAUGGGAGGAAAUGCAGGUACAAAGAGUAGAGCAGGGACUGAAGAAAAUGAUAUCCAGAGACUGCCCCACCUGGGGAUCCAUCCCACAUGCAGUCACCAAACCCAGUCACUAUUGCUGAUGUCAAGAAGUGCAUGCUGACAGGAGCCUGAUAUGGAUGUCUCUUGAGAGGCUCUGCCAGAGCCUUACUGAUACAGAUGAGGAUGCUUGUAGCCAACCAUCAGACUAAGCACAGGGACCCCAAUGGAGGAGUUAAAGGACUGAAGGAGCUGAAGGGGUUUGCAAUCCCAUAGGAAGAACAAUAUCAACUAAACAUACCCCCCCCCCCCCCCCCAGAGCUCCCAGGGACUAAACCACCAACCAAAGAAUACACAUGGAAGGGACCUAUGGUUCCAGCAGCAUAUGUAACAGAGGAUGUUUGUCAUCAGUAGAAGGUGAAGCCAUUGGUCCUAUGAAGGCUCUUUUCCCCAGUAUAGGGGAAUGCCAGGGUGUUGAGGUGGGAGUGGGAGCAUCUUCAUAGAAGCAGGGGUAGGGAGUAUGGGAAAAGGGGGGAAGGGAAAGAACAGUUGAAAUGUAAAUACUUAAAAUAUCCAAUAAAAAUUAAUUGAAAAAGAAAACAAAGGUGGGGGUGACAGGGAGCAGGAACAAAGGAUGUGACAGUCAUAGUAUCACAGAAUCAAAACAGAGCUAAAUAGUCCCAAGUUGGUAAAAUGUCCUGUAGGUCAAAGCUGAUCAGACCUUGGACAGAUACUCAUCAUCAGCCAUCUUCCAACCACCAAAGCCACUUUCUCCCAGGAUCCUUGGGCAGACACUGGCAGAGGUCAAGAAUUCUCACCUCAGAAUCCUGUGUGUGGAAAUCUUUUUUUUUUUUUAAGAUUUAUUUAUUUAUGUAUAUGAGUACACUGUAGCUGUCUUCAGACACACCAGAAGAGGGCAUCAGAUCUCAUUACAGAUGGUUGUGAGCCACCAUGUGGUUUCUGGGAAUUGAACUCAGGACCUCUGGAAGAGCAGUCGGUGAUCUUAACCGCUGAGCCAUCUCUCCAGCCCCCGUGUGGAAAUCUUAUCAAGGAAGUGCAGGAGAACAUUGGUGUGAAUAUAAAAUGAAUCUACUAUCACAGAAAGCAAGAUAGCGGGUCCUCAGUAUUACAGUGCCACUGCUGAGUACGUUAAAACACAAGACACAGGCAACCUCAAAGGAUGUGAGGCAGACAGCACACCCACAUUAGCAGUAUUAUUCCACAGCAGUCAUGGGGAAGCAACCAAAAUGUCAACAGGUGAACUCGACAUGCUUCCUAUGCCAAGAAUGCCGUUGAGACUGAAGCGCUGUUGGCACAUGCUUCAGCAUGGGUGAGCCUGAGGACAUGAUACUACGUGAAGUGAGCCAGGUCCCCAAGGACAGUGUCAUCAGAAGAAAGCAAAAUAAAGCCCAAAUCAAAAGGACAUAACACUGUAGAGCUCAGUGGUGCACACACACCAGUGCAGUAUCAUAGCAACGCUGGCUGCUGCUUUGGAAACAGGCCCCAGGCCAGGUUGCUGGUAUCAGCGGCAGUUGGCUGCCACCAGGUCUAUCCAGGCCGAGUGUCCCGUAUCCAAAAUGGGGCCAAGGUGUUGGGCUUCCAGGUUGUCGGAUACACUUUGAAGUACUUGAGGCUGGGUCCAAAACCUAAACACACACUUAUCUUCUACCUAGCGUGCAUCUUCCACAACUGCCACUGCACUGCGUUCUCACGGUGGCCCGUUCCUAUCUGUAGUGAUAAUAAAAUUUCUUUAGAAUUG